AUGGCCGGGCAUGGGUGGGGUGCACUGUGGGUGUGCGUGGCGGCUGCUGCCCUGCUGCACGUGGGCGGGCUAGCCCGUGGCGACUGCUGGCUGAUCGAGGGUGACAAGGGCUUCGUAUGGCUGGCCAUCUGCAGCCAGAACCAGCCACCCUACGAGGCCAUCCCACAGCAGAUCAACAACACCAUCGUGGACCUGCGGCUGAACGAGAACCGCAUCCGCAGCGUGCAGUAUGCCUCGCUGAGCCGCUUCGGCAACCUCACGUACCUCAACCUCACCAAGAACGAAAUCGGCUACAUCGAAGACGGUGCCUUCUCCGGCCAGUUCAACCUGCAGGUGCUGCAGCUCGGCUACAACAGGCUGCGCAACCUCACAGAGGGCAUGCUGCGUGGCCUGAGCAAGCUGGAGUACCUGUACCUGCAGGCCAACCUCAUCGAGGUGGUCAUGGCCAGCACCUUCUGGGAGUGCCCCAACAUCAUCAACAUCGACCUGUCCAUGAACCGCAUCCAGCAGCUCAACAGUGGCACAUUCGCCGGCCUCUCCAAGCUCUCCGUGUGCGAGCUGUACAGCAACCCCUUCUACUGCUCCUGCGAGCUGCUGGGCUUCCUGCGCUGGCUGGCAGCCUUCACCAACGCCACACAGACCUACGACCGCAUGCAGUGUGAGUCACCACCCACGUACUCUGGCUACUUCCUCCUAGGCCAGGGUCGCCAUGGCCACCGCAGCAUCCUCAGCAAAUUGCUGUCCGUCUGCACCGAGGACUCCUACACAGCCGAGGUGGUCGGGCCCCGCCUGGCACCCGGACAUUUGCAGCCGGGUCGCUUGCCACCGUCAGCACCGCCGCCAGAACCCAGUGACGUGCCCUGUGCCGACGACGAGUGCUUCUCUGGUGAUGGCACCACGCCACUGGUGGCCCUGCCCACACUGGCCACCCAGGCUGAGGCCCGUCCCUUCAUGAAGGUCAAGCAGCUGACACAGAACUCGGCCACCAUCACGGUCCAGCUGCCCAGGCCUUUCAACCGCAUGUACACAUUGGAGCAUUUCAACAACAGCAAGUCCUCCACCGUCUCCAGGCUGACCAAGCCGCAGGAGGAUAUCCACCUGGCCAACCUGUACACACUCACCAACUACACCUACUGCGUGGUGUCCACCAGCUCGGGGCUGCACCAUAACCACACCUGCCUCACCAUCUGCCUGCCCAAGCCACCCAGCCCACCCGGCCCCGUGCCAAGCCCCUCCACAGCCACCCACUACAUCAUGACCAUCCUGGGCUGCCUCUUCGGCAUGGUGCUGGUGCUCGGUGCCGUCUACUACUGCCUGCGCAAGCGGAGGCGCCAGGAGGAGAAGCACAAGAAGGCGGCCUCGGCGGCUGCAGCCGGCAGCCUAAAAAAGACCAUCAUCGAGCUCAAGUACGGGCCCGAAAUGGAGGCGCCCGGCCUGGCCCCGCUGUCCCAGGGCCCGCUGCUGGGCCCCGAGGCCGUGACCCGCAUCCCCUACCUGCCCGCAGCCGCCAGCGAGGUGGAGCAGUACAAGCUGGUAGAGAGCAGCGAGACGCCCAAGGCCAGCAAGGGCAACUACAUCGAGGUGCGCACCGGGGAGCCGCCGGAGCGCAGGGACUGCGAGCUGGGCCGCCCCGGCCCCGACAGCCAGAGCUCGGUGGCCGAAAUCUCCACCAUCGCCAAGGAGGUGGACAAGGUCAACCAGAUCAUCAACAACUGCAUAGACGCGCUCAAGUCCGAGUCCACCUCCUUCCAGGGUGUCAAGUCCGGCGCCGUGUCCACCGCCGAGCCGCAGCUGGUGCUGCUGUCCGAGCCGCUGGCCGGCAAGCACGGCUUCCUGUCGCCCAUGUACCAGGACGCCUUCGGCCACGGCCUGCAGCGGCACCACAGCGUGGAGGCGGCGCCCCCGCGGGCCAGCUCCUCCUCCGGCGGCUCAGCGCGCAGCCCCCGCGGGGCGCACAAGGCCGCGGCCGCUGAGGCCAAGUACAUCGAGAAGAGCUCUCCGGCGGCCGACGCCAUCCUCACUGUGACGCCCGCGGCCGCCGUGCUGCGCGCCGAGGCCGAGAAGGGCCGCCAGUACGGCGAGCACCGGCACUCGUACCCCGGCUCCCACCCCGCCGAGCCGCCCGCGCCGCCCGCGCCCGCGCCCCCGCCGCCCCACGAGGGCCUGGCCGGCCGCAAAGCGUCCAUCCUGGAGCCGCUGACCCGGCCGCGGCCCCGCGACCUGGCCUACUCGCAGCUGUCGCCGCAGUACCACAACCUGAGCUACUCCUCCAGCCCCGAGUACACCUGCAGGGCCUCCCAGAGCAUCUGGGAGCGCCUCAGACUGAGCCGCCGGCGGCACAAGGACGACGAGGAGUUCAUGGCAGCCGGACACGCCCUGCGCAAAAAGGUUCAGUUCGCCAAAGACGAGGAUCUGCACGACAUCCUGGACUACUGGAAGGGCGUGUCGGCCCAGCACAAGUCCUGA